CACCUCCAAUUCACUUUUACAACUUCUUGGGUCAGACGAAUUGAGAAAACCAGAUUAUACUGUUUUUUGUAUCACAAAGGACAAUCCUUUCCUUGAAUUUGCAGCAUUAUUCUUAGAAGUUCACAUUCAAUCUCUCUAUAGGGAAUUUUUAACAAGAGAACUUUCAAAGGAAAUAUUAGCUAUUCCUCUUAUUACAAUGCAGGCAACUGGAACUGAGCUAAUCAUAAGUAUAAGCGAUCAGCAAGCACUUCCUCUAAUAAGGA